AUGGCGCUGGAGGGAUGCAGGGGCCAGAUCCUGCUCCUGUGCCAGGGCCAUGAGGAUGGGGCGCGUUCAGCCAUCCUUGGGCUCCCUGGGGCCACUGGGGACCCCUCCGUGUCCCCUCUGUCUCUGGGGCUGUUCCCAAGGGCCCCCGAUGCCACCAGGGCCACCAGCUGCGGGACCCCCGCGGGGCUGGACAUGGCCCCUUCGCCACCGCGGCCGCUCUGCACCGAAGAUGUCUCCACCAGCAGCACAGGGGAGGAGGAGAUGAGAGCCAAGGCCGAAGAGCUGCAGGGAGCCGUGGAGGGCUGGAGGAAGCCCUUUGGCCAAGCGGAGCUGGUGCUGGUGGGGGCCCGGCCGUCCCCCGCGCUGCUGCCCAGGGAGCUGAGGCUCUGCCUGGGCAGCCUUUGCCCGCUCCUCCUGCCCCGGCCGUGCCUCUGCCUCUGCGGCACCCGCUGCCCCCCGCUCCUGCCGGCCCUGCGGCCCGCGCCACCCCUCGCCCACCUGGGUGACAUGGGGACCCUGGCAUCACCUUCACAGGGCUGCGGCGGUGCCCUCCUCCAGCUGCCACCCUGCCUGUGGCCAUGUGGGACCCUCCUGCCCCCCGAGCAGGGUGCUCCCGGGCUGCCAAAGCCACUGCCGGAGGGGCCCAGCCACAGCGUGGCCAAGCCCAGGCUGCACCCACAGGAGAAGGACGGUGGCAGGAGCAAGUACGAGUGCAACGUCUGCACCAAGAGCUUCGGGCAGCUCUCCAACCUCAAGGUCCACCUGAGGGUGCACAGCGGCGAGCGGCCCUUCCAGUGCCCCAUCUGCAAGAAGCGCUUCACGCAGCUGGCACACCUGCAGAAGCACCGGCUGGAGGACACUGGGACCGGCGCAGGGGGGGCUUCAGAGACCUGGCGUGUCUUCGGAACGGGCAAAGCUGGCGCAGCGGUGGGCAGAGGGCGGCAGAGCCAUGAGCUCCCUGUCCUCAGCCAGACCCCGGCGCUGCUGGCCAAGGUGCGGAGGGAGCUCGGGUCUGCUUCGGUUUCCCUGGCACCUGCGGCGUGCAGGGAGCAGCACCCCCAGCCCCGCUCGGCACAGCACGGCACCCCGCUCGCCACCCGGCCGGUGCAGUGGGACCCUCAGCCGGCAGCGCCCCGGUGCUGCAUGGAGCUGGCGUCCCUGUCCUGGUGCCACCCCGGGGCCACGGGCACGGCGGGGCUGGGCACUGCCAGCAAGUGCUUGAGAAACCAGCGCUGA